AUGACAGGACUCCAAGGCCUCCAAGAGCAGAUUAAAGACAACGCUCGCAUCAUAUACCGUGAUGUCGACAACUUUGCCAUCGAAAUGGUGGAAAGCCCCUCGCAUCCGCCGGGUGCCAGCGUCUGGAGUGCCAAGUUAGUGACUCGUAAUCCUAACGGUAGCUCCAGACUGCUGUUGGGUGCUGUCGGCGGCAGCAUUGGUCUAGCCUUGUUGCUUCUGUUGUCAUACACCGCUAGGCUGUUGAGAGAGCUUAACUGGUAG